GUAAGCACAUCUUGACAACUGCCAGUCGCAAGCCCGUACCGAAGAGAAAAGGAGCCUUCGAGCUUCCAGCGCGGUAUUAUAAAUUAAAGAGCGAGAACGGCGAGCUCGAUCAAUUCGGUUCGCGGAUUUCGUUUUAACGAGUGUGAAGUCUUCGCCGGACGCGAUCGCGCUCUUCCCCGCGUAGGUGUCGCGCAGUUUGAGCCGCAUAAUCGAAGGAGACGAAAUAAGCCGAUAGUUCGCGUUUCGUCCUGCGCCAGAAAGGAGCCGCGACGGCGAGUUACCGGCUGAUUUAUUUUCCGAGAGUCUAACCCGGCGGCAACAGGGAAAUCGGCGAGUGCGUUUAUUUCUUUUUUGAAACGCGUCAUAAAUAACUGCAUAAGACGCACUAUCGUCGGACAUUUUUCCAGCGCCAACAAACUUAAGAUUACUCAUACCACAGAAGUCCUGGAAAUGUUGAAAAAGACGACACUGGAAAAGUAUCUCGAUAUAAAUAGCCCGUGCGUAAGGCUUGCCGUAUUUGUUCGUUCUUCUUUGAUCGACGGAAGCAACUCGCCCGCGUGUGUCCAAUUAUUCACUUGGAAAGAGAAUGUCCAGCGCGCUGGAGCGGACUGGCGCGGUAUUACGAAUUCAGUAGCGAAAACCGAAGCCGAAUCGAUCCGCCUUCGACGAGCGUAAGUAACUUGGCACGGGGGCGGCUCGCGGCCAGUUCGCAGUCCCGCGGCCGCGGCGCAAGGAUGUCCGUGGGCGAGGAGUCGCGAUACGCCAUACGAAUGAACCGCUACUUCCUCAUACCCCUCGGCAUAUGGCCGCUGGCCUCGGACGCCAGCCUCGCGCUGCGGCUGCUGCAGAAGGCAGCCGUCACCGCCAGCUACUGGCUGAUCAGCUUCCUGCUGGUGCCGUGCGCGCUGCACACGUUCCUGGAGGAGCCCAGCGCGGCGAUCAAGCUCAAGCUGAUCGGCCCGAUGAGCUUCCACCUCAUGGCCGUCGGCAAGUACUGCUCGCUCGUGAGUGGCGUCAAGGAGAUCGGCGAGUGCUUCCGGCACGUCGAGGAGGACUGGAAGUUCUACAAGGACAGGCGCGCCACGCUCGCGAUAAUGCGGAGCAACGCGAGGCUCGGCCACUUCCUCACGCUCCUCUGCGCGGCUUUCAUGUACGGCGGCGGGUUCUUCUACCACACCAUCAUGCCGCUGUCGUCCGGGCGCAUCGCCUCGACGGCUUUCCUCACCAGGCUGGCCGAGCUGGAGCUGCGCAACUCCACGGACUCGACGUUGCCCAUUCCAGCUCCGCGGGCGCUCACCUAUCCGGUGUACGAGCGCUUCAUGCGCGUCGAAAGCAGCCCCUGGUACGAGCUCGUCUUCCUCGUGCAGUUCGCGUCGGGGUUCGUCUUGUACACCAUCACCGUCGGCGCCUGCAGCCUCGCCGCUGGAUUCGUCGUUCACGUUUGCGCGCAGCUCGACAUCGUCAUGCGCCUGCUCGAUGACUUCGCUCGAGGCGGCGAGGCCGGCAGUGCCGACAGGAUGAGAGAGAUCGUCGACAAGCACGUUCGGGCGCUGAGCUUCGCGAAGAGGGUGGAGAAAAACCUGAACGUCAUUUGCUUCGUCGAGUUCGUCGGAUGCACGCUCAACAUUUGCUUCCUCGGCUAUUACUUCAUCACGGAAUGGGAGAGCCGUAACGCUAUCAGCACGAUGACAUAUUGCAUCCUCCUCGUAUCGUUCACGUUCAACAUCUUCAUUUUUUGCUUCAUCGGGGACAUCCUCACCGAACAGUGCAAGAAAGUUGGCGAGGUGACCUACGCGAUUGAUUGGUACAAGCUCCCGGGCAAGACGGCCGUGGACGUAAUCUUCAUAAUCGCGAUAUCAAGUUGCUGCCCUGCGAGAAUCACUGCUGGGAAAAUGGUCUACCUGUCGAUGAGCAGCUUCUGCAACGUGAUCAAAACGGCAGCGACGUACCUGAAUCUCCUGCGGACAGUCAUGAUUUGACCGCGAACGGUGCGCCGCCUUGCGGAGCGCACAUACAUUUUGUAAAGUGCAACGAAUCGCACUGCUCAAGCGCUAAUCGCGUCGCACGUUUGCCUGUAUUAUCUGACUCGCUGCGAAGCCGAAUUCAGAAGUAGAAACGCCUCGAGAAAUGCCAAAGAGAAAGCCGACGGGAGGACCACCUUAAAUAUAGAUCACCCGUUUAUAAUUCUCAUCUAAGCGUUGCUCCUCUGCCCGCCCCUCAGCCACUCCCUCCGCCACUCAAA